AUGAGUAAUACUCCAAACUCUCGAAACUCGCCACGACCUAAUGGCUCCCGCAACAUUGCAAAUACCCAGACACUUGCACCUUCAACACGCCAACCUACCGGCUCCGCCACUCAAACCAUAACAUCGGCCAACUCCGCAUCUUCCCGCUCAGCCUCGCCAGAACCAGUCAUUCUCCGCCUCCGAGGCGCCCAUGAGGCAUCUUCUACAAGCACUACAAGAGCUCGCAGGCGAGGAAUCACCUGGGCCGAAGACGUGGUUGAUAACGAAGGUCUCGGUCGAAAAUCAAGCAAAGUGUGCUGCAUAUACCACAAGGCGAGAGAAUUUGGGGAGAGCUCUAGCGAGGACGACAGCUCAAGCGAUGAUUCCAGCGAUAGCGACGGUGGUGGUAGUGACAGCCCCGAUGACGGUGGUGCGCGGAUGAGUGGGAAUCGGCGAGGCAGGAGAUCAGGUCAUGAUCAUAAACACGGUGAUGACUGCAAUCAUGCCAAGGCCAAGAGGAAGCCCAGUCCCAAUGCUUACGAGAAAAUGCCAAAAUAUAACUCCACCAAGCCGAACACGAGCAAAAGCUGA